AUGGCAGCUCAGCGGCUGGGCAAGCGGGUGCUGAGCAAGCUCCAGGCUCCGUCGCGGGCCCGCGGGCCGGGGGGCAGCCCCGGGGGGCUGCAGAAACGCCACGCUCGGGUCACCGUCAAGUAUGAUCGGCGGGAGCUGCAGCGGCGGCUGGACGUGGAGAAGUGGAUCGACGGGCGCUUAGAGGAGCUGUACCGCGGCAGGGAGACAGACAUGCCUGAUGAGGUCAACAUUGAUGAAUUGUUGGAAUUAGAGAGCGAAGAGGAGAGAAGUCGGAAAAUCCAGGAACUCCUGAAGUCCUGCAUGAACCCCACAGAGGACUUCGUCCAGGAGCUGCUGGAAAGGCUGCGUGGUCUCCACAAACAGCCCGGCCUCCACCAGCCCAGCCCCUCCGACGACUCGGACGGCGGCAGCCUGAGCCCCCGCCAGGACCGCGCCCGGACUGCGCCCCCCUGA